AUGAGUCUGGACCCCCGCCAGAACAAGCAAGCGGAGGCCGCCAUAUCAGCAGAAGCAGCAAAGCCCGGAUUCUCGCUCGCCCUCCUCCAAAUCGUUGCGACCGAAUCGUUCCCUCCCACCGUGAGACUAUCUAGCGCGCUCUACUUCAAGAACUUCAUAAAGCGGACAUGGACGGACGAGGAGGGCAACUACAAGCUGUCAGAGAACGAGGUAGUAGCGAUCAAGCAAGAGCUCAUCGGGCUGAUGACUUCGGUGCCCCCAAGUAUGCAAGCCCAGCUUGGAGAGGCUAUCAGCGCAAUUGCAGAGAGCGACUUUUGGCGACGGUGGGACACACUGGUCGAUGACCUGAUAUCACGGCUCACCAAGGACAAUACCGCGGUCAACAACGGCGUCUUGCAGGUUGCGCACUCCAUUUUCAAGCGGUGGCGCCCGCUGUUCCGAUCCGACGAGCUGUUCACCGAGAUCAACCAUGUUCUAUCCAAGUUCAGCACACCUUUCAUCACCUUGAUGAUCAAUACAGACAGCCUUAUCUCGAGUUCGCAAAACAACCCUGCGGCAUUACAAGAGGCUUUCUCCACGCUCAAUCUGAUCAUGAAACUGUUCUAUGAUCUUUCAUGCCAAGACCUGCCGCCGGUCUUCGAAGAGAACAUUGGUGAUAUCUCGUUACUUCUCCUCAAAUACCUCACCUACGACAACCCGGCUUUGCACACUUCCGACGAGAGCGAAUCCGGAGUUCUGGAAUACGUCAAGGCUGGAAUCUUCGAGGUCUUGAUUUUAUACACGCAGAAAUAUGAGGACGCAUUCGGACCCCAGCUAGAAAAUUUUGUUAAAACGUCCUGGACUUUCCUCAUGGCUGUCGGGCUUGAGACAAAGUACGACAUCCUAGUCAGCAAAGCGUUGCAAUUCCUCACCGCGGUCGCCUCGAUACCCCAGUACGCACAAUCCUUCAGCGACCCGGAAACGCUCCGUCAAGUGAUAGAAAAGGUCAUCUUGCCAAAUCUUUCGCUCCGGGAGUCUGAUGUCGAGCUUUUCGAAGAUGAGCCUAUUGAGUUCAUUCGCCGAGAUCUGGAGGGUUCGGACAGCGAUACGCGGCGGCGAGCUGCUACGGACUUCCUUCGUCAACUCAUGUCCCAGUUCGACAAGCUAGUGACUGUAGAGGUCACCAAGUACGUGGAACACUACCUUCAAGAGUACGCGAAAGACCGGAACAACAACUGGAAAUCCAAAGACACCGCCGUCUAUCUCUUCUCUGCCAUUGCCGCAAAGGGCACCGCCACAGCUGCUCAGGGAGUUACAAACGUGAACCCGAAUGUCGAUAUUCUCGACUUCUUCCAGAAGUACAUUGCUGAAGACCUGACUUCAAACGGCAUUGAGCCUAUCCUGAAAGUAGACGCCAUCAAGUAUGUCUACGUAUUCCGGAGUCAGCUCACACCACAGUACUGGCACGUCGCGUUUCCUUUACUGGUCAACCACCUCGGUUCAAGCAACUACGUGGUCUAUACGUACGCUGCAAUUGCUGUCGAACGGGCUUUGUUCAUGACGGAUGACACUCGACAGCCCAUCAUACCCAAGCCCGAUGUGGUCUCGCUCUCCAAGAACCUACUUUCGCACCUUUUCACUUUGAUUCAGAAGGAUUCAGCGCCUGAAAAGAUUCAAGAGAACGAGUUCCUAAUGAAGUGCGUCAUGAGAGUGCUGAUCUUCAUUCGAGAGGGAGUCCUUCCUCACGUUGACCUCGUGCUCACCAACUUUAUCAACAUCACCAAGGUCAUACGGCACAACCCGAGCAACCCGCGCUUCUACUAUUAUCAUUUCGAAGGCAUAGGCGCACUAAUCCGGUACGCGGCUUCAACUCAGCAAGACAAGCUUGAAAAGGCCCUUUACGAUCCCUUCGCGGCCAUUCUUGCAGAAGACGUCCAGGAGUUCGCUCCGUAUGUUUUCCAACUGUUUGCUGCACUUCUCGAGGCAAACCCGUCCGGCACCCUCUCGGAUUACUACAAAGGUCUCAUUGCCCCUAUCCUCAUGCCUAGUCUUUGGGAGUCAAAGGGUAAUGUCCCCGCCCUCGUUCGUCUGUUGACUGCCAUGAUACCCCGUGGUGCCGAAGACAUUGUUCGAAACAACCAGGUCGAACCAAUUCUGGGCAUCUAUCAGAAGCUGGUUUCGACCAAACUCCACGAAUCCCACUCAUUCGAAUUGAUCGAAACGGUCAUAAGCUCUUUGCCGCUCCAGGCCCUUUCGAAUUACUUCGUCACCAUCCUCCAGCUAAUGCUGACGCGACUUUCUACCUCCAAGACAGAAAACUUCUCACAGCGCUUCAUCGCAUUCUACCACUUCAUAUCUGCAAGACAGGAUAAGGGUCUUGGGACAGACUUCUUUGUCGGCAUCACAGAUCAGGUUCAGCAUGACGUGUUCAAGCCGGUCUAUCUGACCGUCAUUCUCCCAGAUACCCAGAAGUUGACGCGACCAUUUGAUCGCAAGACCGCUGUCGUUUCCUUCACCAUGACCCUGACCGACUCCCAAGCUUUCAUUGACCGCUAUCCUAAAGGAUGGGGCCUCACCUGUCAGAGACUCCUCGAACUCCUGGUCAACCCGCCAGUCCCUCCCACCGCUGACGACAUCGUCCCCGACCAAGACGUCGACGAUCUCAGCUUUGGCGUCGGCUUUACCCAACUCAACACCUGCAAGAAGGUUCCCCGAGACCCAUUCCCGGAGAUUACUGGUGUCCGGAACUGGGUGGGCCAGUAUCUAAAGACGGCAGACGCGAGGCAUGGCGGCCGCAUCGGCCAAUUAGUGCAGGAGAGGCUGUCGCCUGAUAUGAAGCAGUCGCUCAUGACCUACAUGCAAGGUUAAACAUAGUGAAAGCAUGCCAAAAAGUUGGGUUGGAUGUUUGUGCUGUCGGGGCAUUGCCAGUGAGCGUGAAUAGCAUAUAGGGAUGGAUAGGAGCAUGAGGUCUGUUUGAUAAGCAAGAUACCAGGUAGGUCAGUAGGUAGGAAAAUAGGCUCACAGGGAGGUC